GCUGCCAACAGGAAAACAACCCGGCUGCUGCUUCCGGUUUGCCCGCCCUCAGUCAGCUGUCGUUCAGUUGUUUGCAAACAGUUCCGUCCACCUGGUCCAUGGUCCCCGCUGCGUCCUCUGCGGUCCUUUAGCUCCUCCACCAUGGGGGAAAACGACGACAGCGAAAUCAUAGAGCACCAUGUCGAGGAGGAGACGGAGAAGAAGGGCACGAGGAGCCGCGCAGCCUCCUCCUCGUUCCUGGAGAGCGUCACUCCAUCCGACAGAGAGGGCCACAGCGGCACCCAGUCCUCCCACAGACUGCUGGCCUACAGCGAUGCUCUCAUCUCCAUCAUCGCCACCGUCAUGAUAUUACCUGUUGCCCAUACAAAGAUGGAAGAUAAUGAGGAGGAGUUGAGGCAGAGUGUUCAGCUUCUGCUGACAACAAAGAUUGGUGUUUAUUUAAUGACGUUCCUGAUUGUGACGGUUGCAUGGUCUGCUCAUAUCAGGUUAUUUCAAGUCAUUGUACGCAUUGAUGAUUGCCUUGCACUGCUAAACCUCGCCUGCAUGAUGUUGAUAACCUUUCUACCGUACACAUUCUCUCUGAUGGCGACCUUCCCUGAGAACAUCCUCGGGAUUUUACUCUUUUGUAGUUGUGUGAUGGUGAUGGGCGUCAUACAGUCGGUGAUUGUGUUGUACGCCUUCAGCCGUCCCUUCCUGCUGAACGAGCAGAUCCAGAUCUCCGAGAACCAAACCUUCUACAAACACCACAUCCUCAAAGUCAUCAUGCGGGUUCCCCUCAUGUGCUUCUUCGCCAGCAUCUUCUCCUUCAUCUUCUUCCAGAUGUCUUACGUGCUGUUAGCAAUCGUCAUCUUCUUGCCGUACAUCUCCCGCUCUCUGAAGUGGUGUCGCAGCAAAGCAAUUGGUCCGGUGGAGGAGAGUUCAGACUCCAUGUUGUUUUACACCUACCUGCCCGACGAGCCCCUCAGCAAGGACCGAGUGGAGGCUUUCAGCGAUGGAGUUUAUGCCAUCGUAGCAACGCUUCUCAUCCUGGACAUAUGCGAGGACAAUGUUCCAGACCCGACUGUUGUAGAGAAGCAGUUUGGCGGGAGCCUGGUCGCAGCUCUGCAGGUCAACGGCCCAGAGUACCUAGCCUACUUUGGUUCCUUCGCCACCGUCGGCCUUCUCUGGUUUGUGCACCACUCCCUUUUCCUCCAUGUCACCAAGACAACACGCUUCAUGAGCCUGCUCAACACCUUCUCACUGGCGUUUGUCGGAGGUUUGCCUUUAGCCUACCAGCUAACACACGAAUUCCCACGCAACUCUCGCAACGAACUGGAAGCCAUUCAGAUUAGCUGCGUGAUCAUUUUCUUCGCUGGUAUAUUUCAGCUCGCUAUUUGGGUGUUCGCUCUUUAUAAUGAACAGCAAACUCUGCACCCUUAUGUACGAUACGGGGGACGCGAGCAUGUGUUUAUGCUAGCUAAGCUAUCUCUGUACCCCUGCGUCGCUCUGGGGACGUUUUUCCUAACAUGUAUAUUGAGUAAAUUCAGCGCCUCGAUUUUCCACCUGAUGGAGAUUACGGUGCCUUUUGCUUUUCUUGUGCUGAGGCUGUUGGUGCGUGUUGGGCUAGCAUUGCUACGGCUCAUUUUCUGUCCUGACAGGCCCGACCAGAGGGGUGUUGUAGAAGAGGAAGAUGACGAGACAAGAGUGCCAUUCAACGCUUUAGUUACCGAGCUAGCUUGAAGAGAAGUGGCCACAGAUAAUUAGGCUAACUGACAAACUGACGAGCUAAUACACUCGGUCUCUGAAAGAGUUACUGUAGAGGAUUGCAUCGGGAAUCAUAUGGAGAAUAAGAUUGUUCUCUUUUCAACAUUUGAACUGGUUUUAAUGUUGAGAAGAAUAUACUAAUGCUAUGUUAGAUUAGCGAAUAAUCAACAAUCAUCUUCAAGCUCUCUAAAGCUCAGUUUGAAAAGACCCAUAAGAUGGUUUCCAACUUUGAUUUUAAAGCUCACAUGUCCGGAAGUAGCAAAAGAUCAAACAUGAGAAUGGCUCAUUUCUAUUUUCAGGGAGUGCUUGAAGUCAUAUAAGCUAGCUCAUGAGUCAUGAUUUAGCUGUUUAUGGACUUCAAUAGAACAUAAAAAGCAGGUUUUUAUAAUUAUAGUUUGGUUUCUGUGCCAAGUAAGAUGAGCAGUCCGUCCAACUGGUUUGGUUUAAAUUCAGCCUUUAUUUCUUUUUUAAGCAUGUUCAGACAUGUCGCAGAAAACAAAACAUAAGUAUUUAAAUACUUUGUGAAUGACAAGGAAAGUUUGGUUUUCUCAAGUUCAUCUACUUUCAGACUUAAACACUGUUAGCAAACAAGCUAACAGGGUUUAGGUCAGUAGUGUUUGCACUUUAAACAUUGUCCAGCCAUGAAUGUGAAUUUGCACUGUUUCUGAUUCAUAUAUUUGUUUGCAAAGCCCAGUGAAAUGUCAUCUCACCUUUUCAGUUAUGUCUAUGUAUGUAUGUCUUCUACUGUUAUCUCUAACUAGGACGACUGUGCACUCAAAUCACACCCAACACUGUAUAUUUAAAAGUAGAAAAAGGCCACACUGUGCAUGGUUGUUGUAGAUUUUACUUUUAGUUGUAAUGAUUUCAGGUUUUUUUAUUUCAAUCCUGUCUUUAAAAAAUAAUGUCAACCUAAUGUUAUUAUAUGAUAUUAACAUUCAGAAAACUAUUAUUUAAAUAGUUGUUUCUGGUAAAUAGUCCUGAAGCCACUUCUCAUGGCUGUGACGAUGUGCUGUGCUAUGAUGUACAGUUACGUGUUCGAUACCGAUUUAGAAGGGACUUAAAUCUGAGACGCACUUUAAUGGAAACCUGUCAGGUGAUGAGAAGUGCAACAUACAUCAUAUCGACAAGAGACUAAACAACACAGAGUUAAAUGACUGACAACAACAAAGAAAAGUCCAGUUAUCACUUUUUAUGACUCAACUGGCUAUGAAUGUGGUGGACAUGUCAUGCUUUUUGGCAUUUCUUAUUCCGUUGGUGACUUAACAGCAGCUUUCAGAUCCAAGAUGCAUUUAGAACAAAGUAUGGUUUUAUUUAUUAUCUCCGCCUCGUGUAGCCUCGGGGGGAUUGUGUGAGUGUGUGUUGCAAAUCUCGCAUAUAACUGAAGACAUCAGCAUAAUAUUUUGUGUGCUUAUUUAUGACUGUAUUCUCAAGGACCUUUCGUGGUUGCGGUGAUUCACAAUCCACAAACCUAUUUUACUGAGUGAUCUAUACCGUCACUGCCUCCUCGCGCCUCUUAACCGCUUGGUCGGCAACUGCUUCAGGAGCAAAAGUCAUUUCCGACAUUCGGGUUGGCUAAAAACAAGCCUUACGUAGUCUUUGUCAUAGGGCUGGGUGAUAAUUGAAUAUCAUAAUUUAUAAUCGUGAUGAAAUCAUGUCGAGAUAUCACGAUACACAAUUACAUUGUCUAUAUAAUUAGAAAACAUGUCAAACCAACUCAAAUGUUUCUGAAUGACUGAUUAUGAUCUGUAUUUGUGCAUGCAUGUAAACAGUCAGUGUAAAGCUGGAAAUAUUUGUUUUUUAGAUGCAAAUUUACGUGAAAUGGUUAUGUUCAUUUUGCACUAUAGUUCUUAAUAAAUUAGGAAAAUACUCAGAACAUUUAGUCAACUAUUUAAUUCACACAGUAGACAAAGUAGGCUUUACUAUGUAAUCAUUUCAUGUAUACAAUUUAUUUAUUGGAUUACCUGAAAUGAUGCUAUAUGUGAUGUAUAUCAUUAUCGAGAUGGAAGAUGUUGGCCAUAUUGCCCAGCCCUACUUUGGCACGGUUAAAUAAACCAGACAUCCAUGGAAAGGUUUGGUCUCAAUUUGAAUCGGUGCAUCUUCAGAUUAAUUCCAUACACGAUGUGUUAUGACGGCACGAUACGAGAUGAAUACAUCUCCGUUUAGGUUAUCUUCACCACCAUCAUGACUGUAGGAGGGACAAUUUAGUGAAAUAUAACUGUUUGUUUGGGAGAGGGAGAGACACCUGGCGGAGAUCUGCGCUAUAGUCUGCACUUUUCUAGUAAAUUAUUAUUUGUAUGUGAUCUGAAAUCAGCUUUGGUUGAUUAGAAUGGGAACAGUGUCAGUUCUAUGAUUUAUAUGAAGGAAUCAAUGCGUUGUUUGUUUGCCAUUCAUCAUGACACUUUGCAUCCAAACAUAACUAAUUACAUUUUCCAGACCAUAUUUUCACAGUUCCAGUCAGAGUUGUAGUGACGUUUAGUGUUUCCAUAGAUGCCGAAUCACCACUCCAAACUCAUGACCUCUUUCUUGUUGUCUGUUGUUUGUGGGGCCACAGGAGUCCCUCUCCAAAUAUUAAUUUGACAGGUUUCUGUUGUCAAUGUUUAGUUGUCUGUUUUGUAAAAGCUACACGAGCGCAAACGCUGCAUUUGCUUUUUCACACUGUGCAAAAUGUUUUUUUUCUUCCUCAAUGUCAAAUCGAAAAAUAUCAAGCUUUGUUUUGUGAAUAAAUCUGAAGUUGUUCCUUCAAUGUGGAAGUGCA